AUGCAAUACAAAAAGACUUUGGUUGCCUCCGCUUUGGCUGCUACUACAUUGGCCGCUUACGCUCCAUCUGAGCCAUGGUCAACAUUAACUCCAACAGCUACCUACAGUGGCGGUUUUACUAACUACGCUUCCACCUUCGGUAUUGCCGUUCAACCAAUCUCCACUACUUCCAGUGCAUCUUCUGCUACCACAGCCUCAUCCAAGGCCAAGAGAGCCGCUUCUCAAAUUGGUGAUGGUCAGGUCCAAGCUGCUACCAGCACUGCCGCUGUUUCGACCAAGACCACCGCUGCUGCCGUUUCCCAAAUUGGCGACGGUCAAAUCCAAGCUACUACCAAAACCACCUCAGCAAAGACCACCGCUGCAGCCGUUUCUCAAAUUGGGGACGGUCAAAUCCAAGCCACUACCAAAACCACCUCAGCAAAGACCACCGCUGCAGCCGUUUCUCAAAUCGGUGACGGGCAAAUUCAAGCCACUACUACUACUUUAGCUCCAAAGAGCACCGCUGCUGCCGUGUCUCAAAUCGGCGACGGUCAAAUCCAAGCUACCACCAAGACUACUGCUGCUGCCGUUUCUCAAAUCGGCGACGGUCAAAUCCAAGCUACCACCAAGACUACUGCUGCUGCCGUUUCUCAAAUCGGCGACGGUCAAAUCCAAGCUACCACCAAGACUACUGCUGCUGCCGUUUCUCAAAUCGGUGACGGCCAAAUCCAAGCUACCACCAAGACCACCGCUGCUGCCGUGUCUCAAAUCGGUGACGGCCAAAUCCAAGCCACUACAAAGACCACAGCUGCUGCCGUUUCCCAAAUCACUGACGGUCAAAUUCAGGCCACCACUAAGACUACUCAAGCCGCCAGCCAAGUAAGUGACGGCCAAGUCCAAGCCACCACCGCCACCUCCGCUUCCCCAGUUGCUACCUCUACUGACCCAGUCGAUGCUGUCUCCUGUAAGAACUCCGGUACUCUAGAAAUGAACUUGAAGGACGGUAUCUUGGUUGACGGUAAGGGAAGAAUCGGUUCUAUUGUUGCUAACAGACAAUUCCAAUUCGAUGGUCCACCACCACAAGCCGGUGCUAUCUACGCCGCUGGUUGGUCUAUAACCCCAGAAGGUAACUUAGCUAUUGGUGACAACGAUAUUUUCUACCAAUGUUUGUCUGGUACUUUCUAUAACUUGUACGACGAACACAUUGGUUCUCAAUGUACCCCAGUCCACUUGGAAGCUAUUGAUUUAAUAGACUGUUGA